CGAUAAGCACCGUGUUCUUCAGAAGAUCCCUACUCCAGGAGUCAAAAUAGCGUGAAAUUUAAUUUUACGCCUAUUUGACAAAGCUUGAUUUUACCUCCAAUCAGCGGGGAGAUAAGAGCCCUCGCUACAAGUGUGUGGGCAGUUUGGCAGCUGGGGCUGCCGAUUUAAUAGGUGAAUCUACAGGAACAACACUUGAAAAUCCCCUGGCGAGUGAGCCAUUAAGGUGAGCCCUGCCUUCCGUCCCCGCGUCCCUCCCCGCGCCGCUCUCCCGUUGCUGGGUGCUAAAGCAAACCCUGGCUCUGUUUACCGAGUCUACUAUUACAAUACGGCUACCAAAUAUUUGCCAGCCGUCAGCUCGCCUCUCCGCUAUAAAUACUUCAAGCUCAGGUGGAGGGACAGCGAGGGGGAACGACGAGGGAGCCUAUGCAUGGCCGGGCAGCAGCACCGAGGGUGAGCCCAGGCCCCGGGGUGUCCCUUUGUACCAACAUGGCUGCUGGCGUCAUCCGGCCGCUGGCUGAGCUGCGGUUGCCCUCACCCUUCCCUCACGGCCUUCUCCUGCCUGCACACCCCGAGCCCGACUUCCCCGACCUCUCUGAGGAGGAUGACGAAGAAGAGGAGGAAGAGGAUGAAGAGGAGGCAGCAGAGGAGAGCACUGCCUGCAGCGGACCAGAGCCGGUUGGCCCCAGUACUGCAGAGACCACACUGCGGCUCCUGCGCUUCUCAGAGCUCAUCAGCUGCGACAUCCAGCGGUACUUCGGGCAGCGGGGCCGGGAGGAGGCUGCUGGGGGCCAUAACGUGCCUGAGGACUGCAGCUCGCCCCAUAGCUCACCCCACAACGCCAGCAUGGGGCACACAGCACGGGGUGGCCGGGCGCAGCCGGAGGUGGCACUCAGUGGCCAUGGGGCUGCACACAGGUUGGGGCCGCUGGCUGAGCUCUUUGAGUAUGGUGUGCAUCGCUGCCUGGCGCCGCGGGUGGCCAGCGGGAAGACACAGCGGCUGGAGAGGAAAUAUGGCCACAUCACCCCCAUGCACAGGAGGAAACUGCCACCCUCCUUUUGGAGGGAGCCGGGUCCGGGCCCUGGCAGCCUCCUGCACACCGGCACCCCUGAUUUCAGUGACCUGCUGGCCCACUGGACGGUGGAGCCAGGGCCAGAGCUGCCAGGCAGUGGGAGAGAGCUGCCACCUGUGCCGGGCCAUACAGGGCUGGAGACUGAGCCCUACAGUGGGUUGUGACCCACUGCAACCCAACGUGCUGCUCAGUUAAUGAGCAGCCCACAGGCAAUGGGACAGCAGGAGGUGGUGGGUCAGAGCUGGUAACAGGAUGAGUGAAUAAAUGACUCCCGCAGGCAUGA